AUGAGUCUUCCAAUUUCAGCUAAUAGUCUUCAAUUACCAACUACCUUGGUUAGUUUACCAAUUGGUAUUCCAACCAAUGUUGUUCCAGACGUUGGGGUUUUACCUACUGGCGCUUUAUCAGGAGUCGCUGGUGCUUUACCAACUGGUGCUUUAAGUGGUUUGACUGGUGCCGCUGGUGGUUUAAGUGGAUUAACUGGUGCUGCUUCAGGUGCUACUGGUGGUUUAAGUGGUUUAACAGGUGGCUUAAGUGGUUUAACAGGUGCUGCCUCUGGUGCUACUAGCGGUUUAAGUGGUUUAACAGGUGCUGCUUCAGGUGCCACUGGUGCCUUGGGGGGUUUAACUGGUGCUGCUGGUGGUUUACCAGACGUUGGUGAUUUAACCAAUGUUGCUGAUGUCCCAGGAUUAUCAACUGUUCUUGAUUUAGUAGCCACAUUAGCCAAAACUUUGGAAUCUUUACCUGUAGUGGGAUCUUUACCUAUUGUAAGCCAAUUAUUAGAAGCUUUAACUACUUUAGAAAGUUCUGGUGCUUUACCAUCAGGUACUGUUUCUGGUGUUUUACCAUCAGGUGUUGUUCCAUCAGGUGUUUUACCAUCAGGAGUAAGUGUUGGUGAUCUUACUGGUGCUUUACCUUCAGGUGUCAAUGUUGGUGGUCUUACUGGUGCUUUAGGUGGUGUUACUGGGGGCUCGGAUUCCGGUUCAGGCUCAGGUGGUUUAGUUGAUACUUUAACUGGAACUGUCGAUGGUUUAACUGAUACUGUUGGUGGUUUAUUAGAUGGUUUAACCGAUAACAUCCCUAUUGUUAACGGUAUUUUAUAG